CUAAAUUAAACUUCACUCACUAGUCGGUCUUCAAUGCAGAAUAAUGUGGCGACAACAAACAAGGAAUCGCUGCAGCGUCACUAGUGGACGCUCAUUAACGGCGAAGAAAUGGGACGCGCUGGUGAUCGGGGGCGGCCACAACGGCCUCACAGCCGCUGCCUACCUCGCAAGAUCAGGCUUGUCCGUCGUGGUCCUCGAGCGCCGCCACGUCAUCGACGGAGCUGCUGUCACUGAAGAACUUGUCCCCGGCUACAAGUUUUCCCGAUGUAGCUACCUCCAGAGCCUACUUCGCCCUGCACUUAUCAAGGAAUUGGAGUUGAAGAAGCAUGGAUUGAAGAUGUUGAAGAGGAGUCCAUCGUCAUUCACUCCCUGUCUAGAUGGACGCUACCUUCUGCUUGGUCCUGAUAAGGAGCUUAAUUAUUUGGAGAUAUCGAAGUUCUCGAAACGCGAUGCUGAGGCCUAUCCUAGGUACGAGAAUCCGUUAGAGAACUUCUGUAAAUUCAUGGAUCCACUUUUGGAUUCGUCUCCACCUGAAACUUUGCAACGAAUCUCAUCUUUUAAUGCCCGGAUGAAGAGUAAAUUACAGAAGUCUGUUUUUUGGGCUCAUUGUCUGCGACGAGCACUUGUCAUGGGGCAAAAGCAGAUAGUGGAUUUCAUGGACCUAUUACUGUCCCCUGCCUCAGUGGUGUUAAAUAACUGGUUUGAGAAUGAUGUCUUGAAGGCAACACUUGCAACGGAUGCUGUAAUAGGAACCACGGGUAGUCCCAAUACACCUGGGAGUGGAUAUGUUUUACUGCAUCACGUGAUGGGAGAAACUGAUGGUGACCGCGGAAUUUGGUCGUAUGUUCAAGGUGGGAUGGGCUCUGUUUCUCUGGCCAUUAGCAGAGCAGCUAAAGAAGCUGGUGCUACCAUAGUGACAGAAGCUGAAGUCUCAGAAUUGAUGAUAGAGGACCCAGACAGAGUGUGCGGGGUUUUGCUGGCUGAUGGUACACAAGUGCGCUCUUAGGUUGUGCUGUCAAAUGCAACUCCAUACAGAACAUUUAUGGUAAUGCUAAUGAUAAUCAUGUAUUAUGCUGUACUGCCAGGAAUUUGUACCAAAGAAUGCGCUUCCGGAUGAUUUUCUUCGUGUUAUCAAGAACUCUGAUUACAGCUCUAUAAGUGCCAUUGCCUAUGAAUUAAUAUAUUCUCCAUUUUCAAAAGAAAUUUGGCAGCUGCUGUCUUAUGUUGUUGACAUGCAUACUGUUGUCUGAGAUUGUUAAUAAGGAUUUAUUAGCUUACUUUUCAAAGCUUUAUAUCGAAACCCUUUUUGCUGUAUCCUUUAUCUUCCUUGUGAUUUUUUAUUUUCAUGUUUUCAACAAAUUGAACUGAAAUUCAAGAGUUCCUUGUAAAACUGGAACAGGCAGCUACGAAAAUCAACUUGGCUGUCGACAAAUUACCUCAAUUUCAUUGCUGCAAGUUGGGCAAUCCUGAUGCUGGUCCUCAGCAUAUGGGGACCAUACACAUUGGUUCUGAGACGUAUGUCAUCAUUUUAUUUGUCAUCUUAUGACCAUUUCAGAUUUACUUACUGUUCAAUUCAUCAUAACUUACAUCUUGAAAUGUUUUCAACCAAUAGAAGGACACUGGAAUAUCAACUUGAUAAUCUUUAAACAUAUUUUUAAAUGUCCAUAAAUAUUUACACUGGUCGAGGAAUCCCCUAAGAUGACUACUCCUAACCAGCAAAAAGAUCGGUUUGACAUUUGUUUAAUUUUUUUAUUUUACAUUAUGGUCAGUGCUUCCAGGGAAGGUAUAGACGUCUUCUGUUCACAAUGCUUAAAACUUAAAAUCUUCUCAUGCUUUAGUUUCUAAUUGCCAAUUGGUCGAUGAAUGGAAGAAAAAUAAUUAAGGUCCUAAGGUUUACUAUUUUGUCACAUUAUAUUAGUUGGUCUGCAGCAAAACCACAAUGAACACGAGAGGGAUGAACUUCAAAUAAGUGAUCCUGAAGCAUUUGUUCAUGUUUCUUCUUCUCAUAUUUUUACAGGUUAUGAGCUAAUACAUUACCAAAUAAUUCCUAACUGGAAUGUUUGUUGUGAUAGUAAAAGAAAGGCUCCGAACGUUACAUAAUUGCACUGGCCUUUGUUACAAAAAUUUGAACACGAGUACAGCCAAUGUCCAUUGAUUCUUGUAUCUUUGGUUGAUGAAUAAAUUUAUGACUACUAAAUUAUUUAUAACUCAAUCAGUAUGGAGGAGAUUGACUCUAGCUGUCAGGAUGCUGUAAAUGGCAUACCAUCCCGACGGCCUAUAAUUGAGAUGACAAUUCCUUCUGUGCUCGACAAGACUAUUUCUCCACCUGGUAUACAAAAUUUUCUUCGUGAUUCUUUCAAA